AGGAUUACAGCCUCUAUAUGAUUUGCGUCGCGAUACCACCACACUUGUUUUCUUGCGCCGUUGGCCGAUUUAGCUUCGCGAUGUCGCCUCGUCUUUCUAAUCAGCUGGCUCACACCUCCUCUUGCUCAAUCUGGAGCUUUCGCCACGCCAUUUAUCGCCAGGUACCUGUCCGUACAUUCGGCAUCCGCUCAUUGAAUCCUCCGAAAACCUCCCGAUUCGAUGUCGGUCCUGGUCUGCCUGUUCUGAAAUCGUCUCCUACCGCGGCAUUAGAGCGAAAAGCCAACACGCUUCCCCUACGCACUGGUGCAAUCGCGAUUAAAAAAGGAAUGACCGGGAUGUAUGACGCAAAGUCUGGAAAACGCAUUGCCUGCACUGUCCUCCAAUUGGAUCGACUCGAGGUUGUCUCUCACAAGACGCUGCAGAAGCAUGGUUAUUUUGCCGUUCAGAUGGGCGCUGGCUGGAGACGGGCUACCAAUCUGACUAAAUCUCUCUUGGGUCACUUUUCGGCCAAUGGAGUCUCGCCGAAACGUCAUGUCUACGAGUUUCGCGUGAAAGAUGAGAGCGGUCUCUUGCCUGUAGGGCAAGCAGUCAAUGCUGACUGGUUUAAAGUGGGCCAGUAUGUUGAUGCGCGAUCCAACUCAAAGGGCAAAGGCUUCGCCGGUGUGAUGAAAAGACAUGGGUUUGGAGGCCAAGAUCGCAGUCACGGUGUCAGUCUAACGCACCGUUCACUUGGUUCUGCAGGUCCUAGCCAGGGCGGUGGCUCUCGUGUGUACCCUGGCAAGAAGAUGGCCGGAAAUAUGGGAAAUGAGCAGAACACAAUACAAAAUCUUGAGAUUCUUCAAGUGGACCAAGUCAACGGGAUUGUCGUGGUCAAUGGUUCCAUCAGUGGUCCCAAAGGCUGCGUCGUCAGGAUACAGGAUGCUCUUAAGAAGCCUUGGCCACGAGUCGCGCCCGUUUCCAAAUCGUCCUAGUAACCGUUUCAAACACGGUUCCUCUCGCCAUUCCUCCGAUUCUCAAGCUGCCUCACACCGUUUUUCCGUCCUGUGAGAUGGAUUGUAACAUCAUAUUAUUUCCCUCCAUAGAGCGACGUUCUUAUUUGACAUGUAAAUGAUAUCCUUUGGUCAGAUCAGAUCUCUUUUCAUCUCCUCAGACUUGCUUUCCAUGUCAGUCCGGCCACACUUUGUGUCUAUAUGCCAGGAUAAGUAAAAUGACAGAGGCUCUUCAACGACCGAAAGCCCCUGCAUGGUGCAGUUGGGGCGUUGUCUAUCUACAAACACAUAUCUCCAGGCAUCUUUGCACCACAUUUGGAACUUGAUGUGCUCCGCGAAAAUGUGAGCAUUGUCCUUAAUUGCUCUGCCGGAACGGGUCACUGUCGCUGUCGAGGAGCUGAACCACUGUUCCAUCUUCUGUUUCGAGGCUC